GGAGCAGUGCAGGAUUAUCCUCUACAUCGGCUCCAGACACUCUCCAGGACAGACACGCUCACAUAAAGACAUCCGGACCUGUGUUAUGAUUUCUGGAGCAUUUCAUUCUUAAAAAGGUCCUACUAUUGUUUGUGAAUGGGUUCACCGUUGUGCUUGAGGAAGUCCGCUUUUCUGCAGACGUGUUCAGUCCUGCUCCACAUCACCCAGCACCAUGUCUGGCUCCUACGAUGAAUCCGCUGUCGCUGAUGAGGCCAUGGACAGCUUUUGGGAGGUGGGAAACUAUAAGCGCGCUGUCAAGAGAAUUGAUGACGGCCAUCGACUUUGCAAUGAUCUUAUGAACUGCCUUCAGGAACGUGCCAAGAUUGAGAAGUCCUACAGCGCGCAGCUCACCGAAUGGUCCAAACGGUGGAGGCAGCUCAUCGAGAAGGGGCCUCAGUACGGGUCAGUAGAGCGAGCCUGGUUAGCCAUGAUGACUGAGGCCGAUAAGGUGAGUGAACUUCAUCAAGAGGUGAAGAACGGUCUGAUGAACGAGGACGUCGAGAAAGUGAAGAACUGGCAGAAAGACUCGUACCACAGACAGAUGAUGGGUGGAUUCAAGGAAACCAAAGAGGCUGAAGAGGGCUUCAAGAAAGCCCAGAAACCCUGGGCCAAGAAACUCAAAGAGAUGGAAACGGCAAAGAAAACCUACCACAUGGCCUGUAAAGAGGAGAAGCUGGCGGCAUCCCGUGAAGCAGAUGCAUCGGUCACUCCUGACCAGCAGAAAAAACUUCACGAGAAGACCGAGAAAUGCAAACAGGAUGUGCAGAAGGCGAAGGAGAAGUAUGAGAAGUCUCUGGACGAACUGUCCAAGUGCAGACCACCAUACAUGGAGAGCAUGGAGCAGGUGUUUGACCAAUGCCAGCAGCACGAGGUCAAGCGGCUGACCUUCCUCAAAGAGGUCCUGCUGGACAUCAAACGACACCUAAACCUCACCGAGAACCAAAACUAUGCCGCAGUGUACCGUGAGUUUGAGCGCACCAUUCUGGCCUCCAACACACAAGAGGAUCUCAAGUGGUUCAGUAAUAAUCACGGUCCUGGCAUGCAUAUGAACUGGCCCCAGUUUGAGGAAUAUAAUCCAGAGGCCACCAAUGCUGUUGCCAAGAGAGAAAAGAAGAAGCCGGAUGGAGUCGCUCCUGCCACCCCGAACACAGAACAUGCAGGUCAACCAGGAGACCGCGGCAGUGUGAGCAGCUAUGAUAAGAACCAGGCGUACUCCACAGAAUGGUCAGAUGAUGAGCAGCCCGCCGGAUACUCUGGGAACGAGACGAACGGCGGAGCAAAUUCUUUUGAGGAAGACUCGGCCAGCAGAGGAGGUGUGCGCGUGCGGGCGCUGUAUGACUAUGAUGGACAGGAGCAGGAUGAGCUGAGCUUCAAAGCAGGUGAUGAGUUAACAAAGAUCGAAGAGGAAGAUGACCAGGGCUGGUGCAGAGGUCGCCUGGACAGCGGGCGGUCAGGCUUAUACCCGGCCAAUUACGUGGAGGAAAUCUGAUCACCUGACCAGAGGACGACACACCUUUGGAGGCAGCUCUGAUUGUCCGAUCGAAUAAAAAUGGCAAAAUUGCCAGAGACUUCAUACGAACGACUUUCCCUGAAGAUGUGCAAUGCAGUCUUGUUUAAGAUUCAAAACAAACAAAAAAAAAUCUUAGUAAAGAUAACCACACUGUAUAUAUAUAUCGAUCUUAUCUGCCCA